CAAAAAACUAGAUCAAACCAAAUCUCUAAUGGCUCGUGGAAAGGUUCAGAUGAGGCGUAUUGAGAACCCGAUGCACCGGCAGGUCACCUUCUGCAAGCGCCGUGCAGGGCUUCUUAAGAAGGCUAAGGAGCUUUCCCUUUUGUGUGAUGCUGAGAUUGGAGUUUUAAUCUUCUCCGCCAAUGGAAAGAUCUAUGAAAUGGCCACCAAAGGAACUAUGCAAGGGCUUAUAGAGAGGUACAUGAAUGCCAAUCCAGUGGCUCAAACUGAACAAGCAGUGCCGCAGGGUGCCAAUGAGGAGAUCAACAUGCUGAAGCAAGAGAUCGAAGUUCUCAAAAAAGGCCUCAGUUAUAUGUUUGGAGGUGGAGCCGUGAAGAUGACAUUGAAUGAACUUCUUAUGCUUGAGAAACAUCUUGAGAUAUGGAUUUAUCAAAUCCGCUCUGCAAAGAUGGACACUAUGUUUCAAGAGAUCAAUCUGCUGAGGAACAAGGAAGGAAUUCUGAAAGCUACAAAUAAGUUUUUGCAAGAUAAGAUAGAGGAGAACAUUAGAAAUAUAGCUGGAUUUGGACAAAUGACUUCUACUAUUGACUACCCACUAAUUAUCCCUAAUGAGAUAUUUCACUUCUAG